GUAAACGAUGUGAUUUUGAAUUCCACAACAUUACUGAAGCACACUAGCAACUGGCAUGAGUUGCACUAUUAUUAAUCCACUCUGUGGACCACAUCCGUGGACACUACUUUGUCAACGAUAAGUGUUUCUACGAAUGCUUUUCAUGCGUGCAUCUUGUAUAUUUUACAUUUAUUUCCAACCGAAAUUGCAUAUUCAACGGUUCCGUUCAAUUUAAAGCAAAAAAAGUAAGCUUAUUACAGAAAAUAAAGAGUAUUUUUUCAGUAAAAUAUAUUCCGAAACCGGCUAGAACAAAAUCGAUACACUUUCACUUUUAUUCUUGGCCAUGGGACAACUGUCCUUGAUAUUAUGUAACGCCAAAUGGCAUAUCCAGUUUGAGAUUCUCUUUUACUGCGAUAUUCUGUCUCGGGCGUGCGAACAUCCGAAGAAAACAAACGAUCUCGUUCCAUGGAUCGCCCGGUUUGAAGUGCAAGAACAUACACAAAAAAGCGAAAACAUUUGUAAUAUUGAAAACAUUAUACAACUCCUACAUCAGGACAAAAUUGUGCAAACGCCCCGGAGUGACCCACUAACCAGACAAACAUAUUACACGAGCAGGACCCUGACAUUCACUGCCUUUUAAAGUGUCGCUCAGUUUCGUUAAUCGAAUCCCACGCAUCUCGAGUUUUGCGCUGUACGUAACGAGUGCGCAACUGUUUGACCUAGUUACGGGCUGGUGUAUUGUUACAUUUUACAAUGCAGGGAUUUAAAAUGGCUUUGAAUUGGCACGUAGAUUUGUAUAAAACUUGUAAGUUUUUGCAACUAUCACACUUGCUGUCCGCCACAAAUUCAUUCGGUGGUCCCCAAUCACUUUCCGCUGACUGUGAAGUCUGUCAUGCAUCAAACAUGACGUUUUUCUAAUUUUCUUUCACAACAGGUGAAUUGGAACAGCGGUAUCCACACUAUGCUUUUGACACGCAUUCUAACCAUCAUCCUUCACGGGAGUCAUGCGGAAACCUUCGGCCAAACAGCACGAUCAGUCUCGCCGCGUAACAUCGGCUUCCUUUUUGGCAAGUCAACAACACCAACAGCUCUGCACACGCCACGGGAGGGCAACAUCGAGGGUCCUCUAAACUAAACCCUUCUCCGGCUGGUGCCUCAUCGGGACGAGUGAUGAGAGAUUCGCUGGAAUUUGCACAAACACACACCCGAGGUACCCGCAGAAGGUGUACGACGAACGGAAACCGGUUCCUCGUUUCGUGAGACGCGUUUGGGCGCAACCUUCCCCCGGGCGUACCCACGGACGACAGUUUCAAGCCGUAGAGAACCUGGGGGGAGGACUCACUCGUUAGGUACUUUGACAAUGACACACGGUCAAGGUGAUUGGAUGGUUUUGGGGCACACGUCUUUAGGGCGAGUGUGUAAGCCGCACUCGCCCGAUGCUAACGAUCGUGUAUGUCCGUCUAAUCGCCAAAAAUGUAUCGCCAAGAGGUGUUUGAACCGUACGAAGGUUGCAAAGGGUUACGCUGGGAUCUGAGCUGCAGCGUCGUGUAACAUUGAGCCUUUUGGUUCCGCUUCAAAUUAUCCAAUGUUUCGCGGAUCGGAAGAGAUGUACGUUUUGCUCUAAUUUACCAUCCUUUUUUUCAAAUAUGCUUUGCAGUGUCUCGACGCAAAGAACCAAGAAGUAAUGCAAUUGAAAUGCUAAUGAUAAUGAUGACGACGAGUGGAGUCCGUUAAGAGUCUGAUUGCAUUGCAAAUCUCCUUGUUUCGUUACUCCCUUCGCUUCGCUCAUCAUCCACAAGCACAAGAGUUCGUUAGUGAGCCAGUCUAUCGCUUCUAUAAACGUAUCCUCAUUCUGUUCAGAACGGAAAGGUGUGUGUGUUAUAAAAUUGCCUCAUAAACGAACCCUCUCGGUAUCAUCAGCAACAUACCUGCCAGAGCCUGCAUGCAGAUAAUAAAUUAACAAAUCACAUUCGUGUGCUGAUGAGUGCAACAUUUAGUUAGUCUCUUCUUGGUCAUAGUAAGCCCUCGUCAGCCCGCUACGAGCAUCAUCAGUACACAACCAGGGCAAUAAAAUUUGGCUCCGCUGUGUAGCUGGAAAGAGCAACAAACAAGAGCAAACCUAAAAAAAACUUACAUUUUUUCUGUGCAUUUAAUUGCACAACUACAGCGCGAAGAUAAAUUGGUGGGCGAGUGCAGUAAAAAUAUGAUGUACCAGCAUGGUAUCCUUGUUUGAAGAAGGAGAAGAAUUUCUCUCCCACUUGCUCUCUUUGUAUCCAACCAUCCCUUUCACUCUCUUGCUACGAAUGUCAUGUUGAACGGGCCCCAUCGGCGGAAGACCGCUCCUAUGGCGCGGUUUUACGAUGCCAAUAACCGUCGCCGACAUGUUGGUGGAAGGAAAGCUGAUUUAAUUUUCUUCGCACGGUUCACCUCUCGUGCUUGGCGCCAUGCGAAAGAGGUAAAAACGGCUUGUAAUAGAAUUUCGAACACCGACCAGUAUUGCUGAAGUUGUUGUAGCUCAAGUUCUUGUAAUAAAUUUAAUUCCAUCACUUUCACCGUACGCUCCACACAGCCAGUGACAUACACGCAGACAAGGUAGCGCGCACGGGUGGCAAACUUUUGUACUGAAAUUUACUUUCGACAUUGGGGAGAGAGACUCAGCAAAAGCUCAGCGUAAACGAGGCAAGCAAAUCAAAUUAAACUUUGCACAGUUUGCAAACAAAAACACUAUAAUACUCGGGACUGUGGACUGUGGUUCUCUUGUGUGGGCAGAAGCGUAGGUUAAAAUAAGUUUGUGUUUGCGGAAACUACUAGCAUGCUCCAGUGCACUUGAUCAUAACAAUAGGCAAACAUAUUUUCAAGUGCACCUAAGCGUGCCACUCUUCCUCUUGAUGUCUUGUUGCUUAGGUUUCGGGCCAACCAAUGUCCACGUGACCAUCGUCGAUGGUCAACCGAUUGCAUCCAUCCGUGUGUUCUGUUGUUCUCAAACCAGGUUUCUUCAAAACUGCUGUGUACAACUCUACCGCUUCAGAUGAAGGGGUCCAAUAUCGAUUCCAUCGAAAGUGGAGAGCCUCUCUAACUUGUCUGGGUAAAAUCUAAUGCCGGUAGCAACCAUGCUGCCAAUCAGAAGUUUCUCGUGAAGUGUUUGCUGAAGUAGAAUUCAAACGGCAGCCAAUUUCUAAGACUAGCAUAUUCAGAAAACAGAAUACUUCCUAGGACAUUACAUUGUUCCACCCUGAGCUUCGGUUUCUACAGCAUAAGUUCUGCCCUUAUGCUCUACGAACCAAUGCCAGGAAGUUCGAUGUUUUUUGCGAGCUCCAAAAGUCGCUUGACAACAGUGUGUCCGCGAUCAGUGUGUCCUCGAGAGGGUGCGAACCGGUACGCGUGCCAAACGGUGGCUCGCGCCCAAACUCGUCGUAGCAAAAAGUGAAGGCAUCGAACUCACUCACGUUUGGGCACACGUGAGAAAAUACACAUGCUGCCGGCGUGAUCGAAAUCGCCCCACCGAUCCACUACCGCUCCAGGCCCGCCAACCUCCAGCUCUCGCCAAUAGUGCCAAAACAGCGUCGAUACAACUCAACCUAGCGCUACUGUUACGUCAGCCCUCGUUCGGUCAGCGCGGUAUAAAUUGGUUCACCGUUUCCGAUCACGGCACAGUUCGGUCGAGUUCUCUGCACAGCGAACAACAGCUCCAACAUCUGCAAAACACCAACAACCAUGGCCUUCAAGUUUGUCGUGUUCGCCGCUCUGGUGGCUGUUGCCCGCGCUGGAUUGAUUGCCUCGCCCGCUGUCAGCUAUGCCGCUGCGCCGGCCUACGUUGCUGCUGCCCCGGUCGCCAAGGUCGCUUAUGCCGCUGCCCCGAUCGCCAAGGUCGCGUACGCCGCCCAGCCAGAGGAGUACGACGCGAACCCGCAGUACUCGUUCUCGUACGGCAUCUCGGACGCCCUGACCGGAGACUCCAAGUCCCAGCAGGAGUCGCGCAGCGGAGAUGUUGUCCAGGGAUCGUACUCCGUCGUUGACCCCGAUGGCACCAAGCGUACCGUCGAGUACACGGCCGACCCGCACAACGGAUUCAACGCUGUCGUCCACCGUGAGCCGCUGGCCGCCAAGACCAUCGUCGCUGCUGCCCCGGUCGCCACCAAGGUCAUUGCUCAGCCCGCCGUCGCUUAUGCCGCUCCGGUAGCUAAGACCAUCUCGUACGCCGCCCCGGUAGCCAAGACCAUCUCGUACGCCGCUCCGGUCGCCACCAAGACCUACGUCGCGCAACCGACUCUCUCGUACGCCGCUCCAGUGGCCAAGACCUACGUGUCGCAGCCGGCUCUGUCGUACGCCGCCCCGGCUUACGCUUCCUACCACUAAGCGCCUAAAGACUGUUUGAUGUUGACCAUGUUAUGUUUGACGGAACUGAGAUGAUAUUUAUUGUACAGAUUUGCAAUACACGCUAUGGCAAAAACGAGAUGGAUCUAGCACAGAUCCUUACCUGAAA